AAGAAAACGCUCAACCGUACCUUUUUCAGUUUGCGUUUUACAAUCGCUACAGUUGAUCUUUUUUCAGCAAAAUGUUCAGUCUAAAAGUGACCGUCGGAUUUUUGCUGAUUGCAACCUUGUGUUGCCACGCGAAAUUCACAAAGCGCCAGGAAAAGAUUAUCCUAACCUAUUUCGAGGCGUGCGCUUCGGACUUGGGCAUCAAAGAAUACCUGAAAUACAAAGCCAGCGGAAUGUCCGGCCAGCAAACGGUGUCCGAUGAGGACUUUCUGAAGCUGUUGAACUGUGUGUUUCACCGGGUAGAAUUUUUCGACUGUGACGGAAAGUUUUCGAUGGACAACUUUGUCGAGUUCAUCACCGAUGGCCACAACAACCUGGAGCAACUUCCGGACGUGGUGAAGGCCUGCGUCGGAGCUCUGAAGGGCACCCCGGAGGAGCAGUCGUUCCAGUUUUAUCGCUGCAUGUUUUCGCAGGACCAGUUUAAGAUUUAAAACUUUAUAAAACCAACAAAAUUCAUAAGCAAUGUUUCCCCGAGGCAAUGUUGCCUAAUCUCCGUUAUAAAUUAGGCAGCGAAUGACUUUUAUACUUAAAGCGGCUUCAAACAAAUAAAUAACUAGCAUAGCGAAAAAAAAAAAAUAAUAACUAGCAACACCUCUAUAAAAUGCGUCACUUUUCAACCAUC